GCUGGCUGGCAGUGGUAAACAGACGUCAGAAGGGAGUCUUCGCCUCGAGUCAAAACAAAACAAAACAAAACAAAACAAGAUCCAUACGAUGAAUGACUCUUCGAACAUCUGGAUCGGCUGCACGACGGAAAAGAUUGAGCCUUAAGUUUUGCGGAAACCAGCUUCCAAAAGAAAACCCGCUUUCUUUCACUUUUACAAAGGGAUUUUUUUUUUUUAACUAACCGGGGGAGUUAGCCAGCUAGGUGGCUACCUAGUUUUUUCUCACGUUAAAACUCUGGUGGCAAGUUUUGUCCGGACUGACGGCGGAAGUCAAGAUGCGAGAUUGAAUUCUUGCACUUUCAGAUAACAAGAAGUGCGCAACUUUCACUCGGAAUUAGCGGAGUGUGUACGGACGCAUUCGGCGUAGUUGCCGCGCAGGCAUCGUGUGUGUGUGUGUGUGUAGGAACAUGGCAGAUGGUGACACGCGCCUACACACAGCGUGUCGGAGCAGACACACUUGAACGAGAAUAACACGGACUGUAUUAGUUUAAUUUCGCUGUCACGUGGAAAUAAUUAAGACUCACUAGUUCACUAACAAUCUCUUGGAAAGAUCGCCUAAAAAACAAACCAACCACGUUUUCAGAUCAGUUGGCUGGAAGAAUCAGCGGGCUGCAGUAAAUGAACCUCUUCCUUGCGCUCAGAAUUGGAAUCCAGUACCAUGAAAUGACAGAUGAUUGAUUUUAACAGGCAUGAUGUUCCACGCACAGUUAUCACCUGUGAACAUUAACAUACUAUUCCUAACUGCUCAUGUACGGCAUUUUACUUUUAAACAUCAUCACAUUGCCAUAGAGUGAUGAAAACGAUCACAGUUUUAUUACAAGAGAUGUUAAAAAAUGUCUAUCACUAUAGUAAUGACUUGAUCUCAGUUGUGGAGGAUAACCAGGUGGAAAGUGAUCGGUUCAGGUGUGUGUUUAAUAUAUACAGUAUAUAUAUUAUAUAUUCUAAUAGCAUACUAGUUUACUAUUUUUUUUUCCUUCUCUUUCUGCUUUUCCCACCGGUUUAUCUUGUCAUUAACUCGAAUGUUUUAGACGUGUUUCUUUAAUUUAAAGCUGAACUCUAUAUGUUUUCAUGUUAGUCCUGUGGAUUUCCUUUGUUCUUUAUGUCAACAAAGAGACCCCCAGUGUCAGUCAGGUUUAUUUUAGCUGAGAAGAUUAUUUGUCCCCUUUAAUCUCCAAUCUGGGGAUUAAGCAGCUAUAGAUAAACAAAUACAUAUCUAUUGGUGCUCACAGAUUAUCAGGUUUCUGCCUAAUCCGCCGCAAAACAAACAAACAAACGAGUCUUCUGAAAUUAAUUUUUAAUAAUAAAUAUCUGUAGAAUACAAGUAUUCCACUGGCAUAACUUUUAAUGAUCAAACAGCAGCAUUGUUAAGUGAAAUCUAUAGGUUCUAGGCCUAAUUAAUUAUUUUACAUCUGUACUGUUAGAGGGGGGGGAAAUAGCAGGUACGUCGUUAUUUUCAGAUUGUACACUGACAGACUAUUUCCUGAAAUUGGAGUAAUUGCUCUGUACAAUGGAGACGGACAAAGCAUCUCCGAUUGACCCAGAUUUCGAGCCGCAGAGCAGACCGAGGUCUUGCACAUGGCCGCUGCCUCGGCCCGACAUUUCAGCUGUCAAAGUGGAGGCGCCAGACGGCGCGGAGUCGGCCGCGGGAACCCCGCCUACCGAGGAAGAUAAACAGGAGCCUCAGCCAAUCAUAUCCGAGCCCGAAAAAUCCACUUCCUUGGAGGGAGGAGCGAUAUCAGGAGUGGGCGGAGCCACGCCUCGAAAGGGUUCAUCCCGACGCAACGCCUGGGGGAAUCAAUCCUAUGCUGAUCUAAUAAGCCAAGCGAUUGAAAACUCCCCGGAAAAGCGACUCACUCUGGCACAGAUAUAUGACUGGAUGGUCAAAACAGUGCCGUAUUUUAAGGAUAAAGGUGACAGUAACAGUUCUGCUGGAUGGAAGAACUCAAUUCGUCACAAUUUGUCACUCCAUAACAAGUUUUUGAGAGUACACAAUGAAUCUACUGGAAAGAGCUCCUGGUGGAUGCUUAAUCCUGAAGGGGGUAAGACGGGGAAAGCCCCCCGCCGUCGUGCUGCCUCUAUGGACAAUAGCACUAAAUUGCUAAAAAGUCGUAUGCGGGCAAAGCAGACCAAGAAGCAAGCAGUAGCAGGUGGUGUUGCUGGUCCUGGCAGUGCCAUACAGGGUGAGGGCGUGUCUGGUGCUGGGAGUGCAGACAGUCCUGGGCCUCCAGGACAGUUUGGAAAGUGGGGAGUGAACAGUAGCAGCCCUUCAUCACGUGGUAGCUUGGAUGACCAAGACAUGUGGACAAACUUCAGAUCACGCACCGGUUCAGAUGCCAGCACUUUGAGUGGCAGACACUCUCCAAUUCCCCCAGUGAAAGAAGAUGAAGAUGACUUGCCUGAAGAUGGACGUCUGAGCGUGUAUCCCACUAGCAGUCUUCCACCUACACUUACUGAGACCUUAAUGGAGGAACUGGACCUAAUUGAUGGGCUUACCUUAAUGACAGCACAGCAAGGCAAUGCAAGUCCAAGCACAGCACCUCAAGCUCCACCUACUCCAUUGCCUUCUGCUUCUACACUUCUGCCCCGUGGGUCUAAUUUUACUUCAUAUCGUCAGCUGCAGCCAGUGAAGGGAUCUCAAGGACCAUCCCAGCCAGGGUCACAGAGCUCUGUUCAGCAGGCUGGGGAGUCCAACACAAGCCUCUCAAACUUUGGGAACUCUCUCUUUAACCCUCUGCCUGGUCCAGGAUCUCGGAGUGGUUUCAGCACUCAUGUGCCAUCCAGUCUUGAGGCACUCCUCACCUCUGAUUCACCCCCACCAACCGAUAUCUUGAUGACUCAAGUGGACCCUCUGAUGCCCAGCCAGGGAAGCGCUAAGCUUUUGGGCCUUGGGGACCCCAUGUCUGGCAACCAAACCAAGGCUGGUCAAAUGAUGUUGGGCAAGAGUACGGAACCUAGCCCAGUGACGCAGAUGCCCCUUCAACCUCAAUCCCAGCUACAGCCACAACAGCACUCUCAAAUGAACUUUGGCAUGAUGCUGUCUGGCAUGAGCCAGGAACUCCCACAGCUAGCAGCUAUGAAGACCCAGCAUCAAAUGCCAGGUGGUGGGUUACUUCAACAUGGAGCUGUCCCUUCUGCAUCUGGGAAUGGAGGUCUUCAGGGGAUAAGCCAAUAUGGGACACCAACUUCCUUUCUGUCCUCUCAGGAUCGGCUGCCCACAGACUUGGAUAUUGAAAUGUUUACAGAGAACCUGGACUGUGAUGUUGAAUACAUAAUCAACAGCGAUCUUAUGGAUGGAGAUAUGAGUGACUUCAACUUUGACCCCAUUGUACCAGGUGGGCAAAAUUACCCUGGGCCGGCCACCACACAGAGCUCAUCUCACAACUGGGUGCCCAGCUAACUCUGCCAAGGAUAGGUGCGGGUCAGCCCUUCAUCCCUAACCAAAUAAUGGAAUCUCACAUGAUGCAUUAAUUAAAAUGUCACCCCUUCAGUUUUUUUUUUUGCACCUCCACAUUUGCCAUUGUACCUCAAAUGCAUAAACUGUUUUGGCCGAAUAUACAAACUUUGGCCAAAAUUUUUAAGACAUUUUUGGCAACUUUUUUGGAUGAGAAAAACAAACCUUACACAAGUGCCAGUAUACACAUGGAAGUCAACUAUUAGAUACCGGACCCAGAAGAUGGAAGAGAUUGGAAGUUGAUGUUUUCUUGUCAGUGCUAUUGUUUAGGGGAAAGGAGAGAAGAAAUUACUGGUGAAGCACAACUAAUAAACUACUAAUCAAGUUUAUUAUAGUAAUGCCUAUUACUAAUACCAAAGUAGUUCAGGGCUGAGAUGGUACUUUCCCUAGAUUUGAAGACCGAACUGAUUUGACCACAAGAAUCAAACUUUGCUGAUUACUUGAGGAUCUUUCUCCACUGUUCAACACCUUAAGAAGGAAUGGAGUGAAAGUCUUCAUGCGAUUUCAAAAUCGGGCAGUGAUUACUUUGGUUGGAUCGUUUGAUCAGGCGGAGCACAACCCUGACACCAUCUGAACAUUUUCAGCAUUAAUCAGAGUUUGAAUGGGAACUGUCCCCUUGAGCCCAGAACGUCAUGGAUAUUUGGACACUUGUACUACGCUCGAGUAGUACGUUCUCAGCGGUACGAAGUGUGCUCAUAUCUUGCAUCGGAAGCAGAAUAUUUUGAGGUGGUUGAUUUAAUGAUUAUUGUAAUGAUGAUGAAUGCUUUUAGUUCAGCAUUUAUGACUCUACUCAGGAAGGUGUUUUUAUCACUUGUGUCCUAAAGAGUGAGGCCUGAGCAUCGAGUGAGAAUUUCAUAUUGAUGAUUUUGUUUUUAAAUUGCUAACAGUAUGAAGAAAUGUGAUGAUACACAGGGCAUUUUGAUUUUAACAUCGAAUUUUAAUGGUUGGGUUUCUAUGGUUUUACCACUUUGCCGACUCUAUCAAGUCGAAUGGCAUUGUGUUGUUAUCAGUGUGCCCGUUUGCAGGAUACAAUAUUUGAAGUGCGUGUGUGUGUGUGUGUGUGGGGGGGGUGUUAAGUACUUACAAGUGCUUAAAUUCAGCAGAGAGAAAACAAUCAAAAACAAAUGUUGAAUAAUUUUCAUUCAAAGGAUGAAACCGAUUGGUUAUUCAACAGAUGCUACGUAAAAUCUGCCCUUAUUUUGUAGAAUUCUGUACAGCAGUACAAAAAGGGGCAAGACGUACUUUUUCUCAGUGAUUGACUUUUUGUUAUGUAGUACUAACAAUCUUUUUGUACAAAUUUGUUAAAAGAAACCGAAAACAAUUAAAUACACUGACUCAUUUUACAUGUUUAAUUUACAUUGGGGCUAUAAUCAUGAAAGCUAUUCAUACUAAUCAGAAAGUACCUCUUUAAAAGUGCAGAAACUAUUUUUAACAGUCAUUUUCUAUGUAAUCUUUUAUUUUUGUAAAAGACGAGAUGCAUGUAGAUUUUGUACAUAACCAAAAGAACACUAAGAGGAGCACGUCAGACUGGGAUGGCUUGAGAGGAAAGUAUUGCAGCUUUUAUACAUGUUAACUUUUUAUGUCAAACAAACGGAUUGCAUGGGUGCAGUUAACAGUAUAACGAAGCACAAAUUAGAACUUGCCAUGUUGCUACGAUAUUUGGAGUAAUUAAAAAAACAACAACGAAGUAAUGAGAUCUAUCACUUUGCCAGGCAAUUUAGAAGUCAUCAAAAACAAAGUGGAUGAUGAUUAUGAUGCAAUGUCUAACUCUCAGGGUUUAAAAAAAAACAGAAUAAUGUUGAGUAAAUAAGUAAUAUUGAUUUAAAAACUUCCUGAUGGAAGCGCUAAGAUAAUCAUUGCUGAUUUUAUAAAAGUCACUCAGCCAUCAAUGGAAAUGUUUUAACAUUACGUAAGAACAGCUUAUGCUCCACCUGAAAACAAGAGGUUGUGUAACAUAUGCAUUCACCGAAUUUUGGUUAAAAAAAAAAAAAAGUUAUAAACUGCCAACAAACACUAGCAUGUUGCUCGAGAACAAACCCUGUAUCUCUAUAUGCUUUCUUUUUUUUUCUUUUUGAGCUGUUGAUGUAGAAAUGUAGUUUAUCCUUUGAUAUUUUUUCCUUUCUUUAUGUAGAUUGAACUUUGGUUUUAGAGCUGGAUAUUAUUCAUCAUUUAACGGUAAUAAUAUGAGUAUAUUAAAACAUGAACUAAUUGUUAAAGCACUCUGUUCUUGCAGAGGAUGGUUAUUUUCUCCUGUCAGUUGGUGCUAGAUAUGACAGUCAGCCAUAUUUAGAUUUAAGGGCCUUUAUUUUAUGCAGCACACGUUUAUAAAGAUAGAAAGAUAAAGUCACCGUUAUUAAUCCACAAAUAUGUUACUUUCGUAGAUCCUAAGUAACUUCAUAGAAGCAGAAAGGAGAGAUUAAGCCUCUGAACAAGGCUUUUGAGACACAUCAUGAACAUUUAUUGAAAAUCAGUCAGAUUAAAAAAAACAAAAUGGAAACAGUGUUACUUUGCUAAUCAUGAUCUGUAUUUCAGUGAACCGUUUACAUUGUUGCUCUCGUCCCUUGGGGCUGUCCUUUGUUCCUCUGAAGUUCUACACAUCUGAUGGUGUUUGGAUUGUAUGGUAAAUUUUUAUAAUGGAUUUGAGAUGAACAUCUUUACAUGAGUUUUACACAAUGUGCAAGAAAAAUUGUAAGUAAAAAUUAAAUUGAUCCGAAACGAAGUCUGAAGGUUCAAUUGCUGUUGAACGUAGAGCGUUCGGUUGAGUGGUUGAAAGUGAACAAGACUGAAUUCCCAGUAGAUGGAGUUUGAAACUUUCUACAGGAGUUUAAAGAUCUUGACGUCAGAUUACACCGCUCUCCCGUGCUUUCUCACGUUUAAUAUUAAUUUCUUUUUUCUUUCGCCCUGUUCUCCUGAAAUGGUCUGCUAAAUAUCCCAGUUGAUAAAACACUAUUUUUUUAGUUUGUGGAUAGAUGUGGUUGUUGUUGUUUUGGGGAAGGGUGUAUAAAAGUUUGGUGAGUGCUUAGCCAGGUCGUUAUAUGUGUAUUCCAUGCAUUGCUUUAUAUUCAUUAAUGUAUUUUUUUUCUUUCCCCUGUUCUUCUUUCUUUAUCGAUAAGUUAGCCAGAAGUGACUGUGAAACCAGUCAAGAAUAUCUGAAAUAAACCUAAUCAGUUUAACUCA